UAUUAAUAUUAACAUUAACACUAGAUCUACUUUUUAAGCGCAUUAAUAUUAGCUGUCACUUCUUCAUUCGCGCGUAGUCCAAAAAGAAGACAAGAGGAAUCAAAGUUUGAAAUGAAUUAAGCUGUUUAUAAGCAUAUAGGGUCAUCGAUAUAUAUUGGAUGUAACAACAUGCUGUAUGCAAAUAUAGUAGUCAUCAAAAGAAAUGGAUCAGAUGGAGCAUCAUAUGCACUAACAUCGACAUCCUGUUUAUUUGGAAGGAGUAAUGAAUGCAAUAUUAGGAUACAACUGCCACAAGUAGGGUUGGAACACUGUCGACUUGAAGUUAAUGAAAAUUCAGAGAUUUUUCUUGUGAAUUGUGGAGAGGAAAACUCUGUUGAGGUCAACAAAAAAGCAUUAAAGGAUGCCAUCCAACUGAAACACCGUGACGUCUUUACGAUAAUUGAUAGAUCAUUCAGGUUGGAAAUACCAGACUGUGGGAAAGGAUCGCCAAGUAAAUUGAAGACGCCACAGAAGGCCGGAAAAAUGUCACCAUCCCCUAGUAAAAGAACACCAAUUAAGGAUUCAAAAAUACUCACCCCAAAGUCUAAGCCACCAACACCUGCAAAAAGCUUGAAAAAGUCUGUAUCCCCAGGCUCAGCAAAGAAGAGAAUCCAGUCACCUUCACCUAUGAGAUCAACACCAGCACAAGAUCGUCAGUCUCGUGGAAGAACUCCAAAAUCAGCUGGUAAAGAUUUAACUCCAUCCAAAAAGGUAGUAAGCCAGAGAUCUGAGUCCACGCCAGCAUCUGUGAAAAAGACUUCAAAGGUUCUAUCAACACCAAGAGCUGUUUCAUCACCACCAGGCAAGAAGACUCCUAGAUCUUCUGCCAAGGCUAUUUUGAAAGGAUUGACACCCCCAAAAUCUACAACAAAAUGGACAGCUAGCCCAAACAUAGGUAUAUCCAAGGGUAUGACACCUAAACAGGCAUUAAAUGUAGUUGCUAAAAUAAUGACGCCAAAUGUUCGAAGUGCAACACCAAAGGCUACAAGAGUUGCUAGUCCAAAAUCAGCAACACCUAAGGUUGCCACUCCGAAACCAGCAACACCUAAGGUUGCCACUCCAAGAGUUGCAAGUCCAAAACCAACCACUCCAAGAGUUGCAAGUCCAAAACCAGCAACACCUAAGGUUGCCACAUCAAAAGUUGCUAGUCCAAAACCAGCAACACCCAAGGCUGCCACUCAAAGAGUUGCUAGUCCAAAACCAGCAACACCCAAGGCUACCACUCCAAGAGUUGCAAGUCCAAAACCAGCGACACCCAAGGCUGCCACUCCAAGAGUUGCUAGCCCAAAACCAGCAACACCCAAAGUUGCCACUCCAAGAGUUGCGAGUCCAAAACCAGCAACACCCAAGGUUGCCACUCCAAGAGUUGCUAGUCCAAAACCAGCAACACCCAAGGUUGCCACUCCAAGACUUGCUAGUCCAAAACCAGCAACACCCAAGGCUACCACUCCAAGAGUUGCUAGUCCAAAACCAGCAACACCUAAGGUUGCCACUCCGAGAGCUUCAAGCCCUAAACAAGGAACACCCAAAGCUGCCACUCCAAGAGUUGUUAGUCCAAAACCAGCAACACCUAAGGGUGCCACUCCAAGAGCUGCUAGCCCUAAAGCAGUAGCAAUGGCAACUGUUAACAAUAAUGCCAAGAAAACACCAACAGGCAAAGGACCGAAGACACCGAAGAGUUCUGGUAAAAAAAGGAAAGCUGGUGCGCCAGAUAGCAGCAUAGUGCCACCAUCAGCUAAAAGAAAGCGGGUAUCAUUUGGACCAAAGCUUAGUCCAGAAUUGUUUGUUAAAAAGUUACCCCCAUCUACCCCCAUCAGGAAAGGUGCUUUGCCACCAAGAGUAACAGAGUCACCAGUUCCCUCUUCCCCUUUGCUUAAGAGAAGGUCUUUGGCUGCUCCAACAAAAAAGUCUCCAAUCAAAGAAGAAUCACCAGUUAAGUCUGCAUCUACGCCACAGACAAAACAAGGUAAAACACCACAAAGCUCUAAAAAGUCACCAUCCAGAUCAGCAUCUCCUGCAGCAGAUAAAUCAACCCCAAAAACACCAUCACAAAAUAAAUCUCCAAAGGCUGGAUCAGCUAAAAAGUCACCAAGUAGAUCAAAGAGUCCAAAUGAUACAUUAGAACAGACAAGAACCCCUAGAACAUCAUCUCCAGGAUCAACCAGAAAUUCACCUUCUAGAUCUAAGAGCCCUGCUAAAACACCAACAAAACAAACACAGGUAAAUUCUCCUGUAGCUGCAAAAAAAUCUCCAGGUAGACCAAGAAGUCCCUCUUCACAAGUGAAACAAACAAAGUCGCCAACUCCAGCUAAAAAGUCACCAGGAAGACCAAAGAGCCCAGAAGGCACACCUUCAACAAAUGUGGCAGAAAGUCCAGUGACACCAUUGUCAGUAAAGAAAUCUGGAAGUCCAAAGUCCCGUCAAAGUAGAAGUCCGGUUAAAACACCAGCCAAGAAAGCAUCAUCAGCUUCUCCAAGGACAAGGUCUCCUGUAAGUAGUUCAAAGAAGACUGCAGCAAGAAGCAAGUCUGCACCACCUACUCCAAAAGCUUCAAGAACACCAUCACCAAAAAAGACCCCAGGUGCCUCAAAUACACAGAAAUCUAAAAUUGGAACACCAGAAACAGUUCCUGCAAAACAAGCUACUCCAAAAGCUUCCAGAACUCCAUCACCGAAAAAGACCCCAGGUGCCUCAAAUACACAGAAAUCUAAAAUUGGAACACCAAAAACAGUUCCUGCAAAACAAGCAUCUACCAAGUCUUCACCAAGAAGAGCACGAUCUUUAUCACCAAAAGGAAAGUCGCCAAAAGUUGCAUCAAAUGUAACACCAAAAUCUGCACAAAAAUCUCCAUCUGUAGGAAAAUCGCCCAAGUCAGUUAAAAAGUCAACUGCUGUCAAACAUAGAAAAUCUGUUGGAAAAAAUACCAAUAACAGUAAUUCUCUUGACAUCAGUUUCACUGGACUUUCAGAAAUGUUGACAACUCCAAUUGUAUCAACACCUGCUUCAGCCCGUUCAAAAGCAAGAUCAUUAUCACCUGUUGUCACUCCCGUCAAGGAGGCAAUGUCUAAAAUCACUUUGCAAAGGAAACCAACACCUAAGAUUCUGUCAUCCAAGAAAACUCCAAAAACCCCUAGAGGUGGAAGAAAUUUGAAAAGGAAGAGGUCAUCCCCACUGAAAUCAAAUGUGAAAAGAAUGAAACUUAACACACCAAAACAAUCACCCCCUUCAUCAAUCAAGAAUGCUGUUGCCAUGAGAGCAAUUCAUGGUAAAAGAGCAACACCUAAGUUAAAGAGUUGGGCAGAUGUUGUGAAGAAGCCAGCUUCUCUUGUUGAAAAGAAAUCACCAGCUAAACAAAAACCUGCUCCAGCUAUGAAACCACCAACUCCUAGACCAGUUGCUAAGGCAUUCCCAAAGACACCAAGGACAAAAGCAGCUCACCUUGCCCCAAGUACUGGACAUGCUGCAUCACCAGCUACAAUUGUUAUUGGCAAAAAGCAAAAAUUAACUAAGACCCCUAAGUUGCUGCCAAAGAAAGGAAGAAAAAGUAUUGGAAAGAAAAGCAAGAAAUCUGUUGGAAGAGUAAGCCUGGCAGGUGUUAAAGACCUGUUCACUACUCCACCACAAUCAUCACCAAAGUCCAGACAGACAACCCCAUUAUCAGCUGGUACACCAGAUUCUGUCCUGUAUGCUGAUAUACCAGAUACACCAAAUGGUCCUGGGGAAAUGCUUGUUUCACCUCUCUCAUCUGCCAAGUCUUCAGCAAAAAAAUCAAGAAAAAGUACAAGUCUUGUAGGUGUGAAGGAACUGUUCAAAGCUAAAGUCAGUAAAUCCCCAGCUAGUCCAACUGGAUUGAAAAGACUGAUGAAAACUCCUCGUAAAAAGCAUGGACCAGCAAGUCCUUCUGGAGUUGCAAACUUGUUUGCAUCACCAAUAGUUGAGAAUGUUGCCACAAAAUCAGUGAAGAAGGUGAAGACACCAGUUAAAUCACCUGCAAAGGCAAAAACACCAGCAAAAUCUCCAGCUAAGGCAAAAACACCUGCAAAAUCUCCAGCUAAGGCAAAAACACCAGUCAAAUCUCCAGCUAAAGCAAAAACACCAGCAAAGGAAAAGACACCAGCAAGGACUACAAGGGGUAGAAAGCGAGCAGCAACGCCAGUUAAAUCCCCAGUAGCUAAGAAAGUCAGAAGGGAAGAAGUACUUGCCACUUCACCAUCUUUGACACAACCAACUAGGGCAACAAGAAGGGGUGGACUUAAAAAGACUGCCUGUGCAAAGAAAAGAGUGAAAGGAUCUCCAUUGGUUGGAAGAGUUGGCAGGAGGAAUGCAGUGGUACAAAUAGAAAAAUUAGCAUCACCAGUUGCGCCAAAGGCUGCAACGCCUAAAGCUGCCACCCCCAAAGUUGCAAAGGGCAGGACAAGGGAAGCACCUAAAGUAGUCACACCUAAAGUUGCUACCCCUAAAUUGAAAAGGGGCAAGUCUACCAGGGUGGCACCAAAAGAAGCCACGCCUAAAGUUGCUACCCCUAAAGUGAAAAGGGGCAGGUCUACCAGGGCGGCACCAAAGGAAGCCACGCCUAAAGUUGCUACACCUAAAGUCAAGAAGGGCAGGUCUACAAGGGCGGCACCAAAGGAAGCCACGCCUAAAGUUGUAACACCUAAAGUUGCUACUCCUAAAGUGAAAAGGGGCAGGUCUACCAGGGCAGCACCAAAACAAGCCACCCCUAAAGUCACAAAGGGCCAAUCGGCAAGGGCAGCACCUAAAGUAGCAACACCUAAGGUUGCUACCCCUGAAGUCACAAAGGGACGUUCUACAAGAACAGCACCAAAAGUAGCCACACCUAAGGUUGCUACCCCUAAAGUCACAAAGGGACGUUCCUCAAGGGCUGCACCCAAAGUAGCCACAGCCAAAGUUGCAACCCCUAAAGUCACAAAGGGACGUUCUACAAAGGCUGCACCCAAAGUAGCCACACCUAAAGUUGCAACCCCUAAGGUAGCUAAGGGUCGUUCUACAAGGGCAGCACCAAAGGUAGCCACACCUAAAGUUGCAAAGGGCAAAUCACCUGUCCCUAACAAAGCCUCGCCCAACCUUGUGGAAAAGCAAACUGAAAUAGUGACCACUCCAAAAGAAGACACUCCAGUUAAAAGAGGUCGCGCUACUCGUAGAGCUCCAAAAGUAGCAAGUCCUAAAAAAAAAAAAAAAAAAAAAAAAAAAAAAAAAAAAAAAAAAAAAAAAAAAAAAAAAAAAAAAAAAAAAAAAAAAAAAAAAAAAAAAAAAAAAAAAAAAAAAAAAAAAAAAAAAAAAAAAAAAAAGUUUGUAAAAAAAAAAAAUAAAUCACCAAAAAAUCAAAAGAAGACAAUUUCUCCAGUAAAAUCAACUAAACGGAAAGCCAGCCCAGUAAAAACUUCUCCAGUAAAGAAAAGCAGAAGAGGCACUUCAAAGGUAGCUGCACCAGUAGCUGUAGAGGUUAAAGCAGUAACUCCUGAGCGUGUGAAACCUAAACGUGGUGCUGCUGCUAAAAAGUCAGGUAAAUAUCACAAUUUAAAAUUUAUGGUUUCCUGAAAGGUUUUGAAAUCCCAGUAUUCUCUGGAACUAGAAAAUAGUGUUGUGAUACCCGAUUGUCUGCUUACCAUAUGAUUGCUAUGAAAUUUUAACAUUGCAGAUUUUAUUGAACAGAAAUAUCUUGUGGUAGUACUUCAUGCCAAGCACCAGUAUAUUGUAAACCAAGCUUCCUUUUCCUCUAAGAGUAACAGGGACUUAACUAGCAAUCCUAAAACAUCAUUGUAUAGAUCAUCUUUUUGCAAUGUGUACAAACUGGCAGAGCAUUAUCUUAGUUAUUAUGCUUCUAACAUUUAAAGGCUUAAAAGCAGGUUUCUUUGUUAUUGGAUCUUUCCAUAUAUUAAAGAAAUGCAUAUUUGAAUAACACUUGAUUAUAACUGUCUUUCAGGAAGACAAAGACUCCAGUGAAGGCAGUAACUCCAAAAAAGCCACUAACACCUGCAAAGAGAACUAAUAGUUUAAACCAGCCAAUGUUUCUCCAGUGAGGAAACAUUCCCCUACAGAAGUAACACAAGUUAAAUCAAAAGUUGAAGAGGAAGCUAAAAUAGCAGUACCAAAAUCUUCACCCAAGAAAACUAGAGGGAAGGCAGCUGUAAAAGCAGUAACACCUAAAAAAACUGUAGCAACUAAAAAGGUGAAAACACCUAAGAUAUCACCAGUUGCAUCAAGGAAGCCGAAAGCAGAGACUUCUGUCAAACAAGCAGCUAAAAAACAAAAGAAGGUUGCCACUCCUGCAAAAAGGGUUACUCGCACUCGACGAUAAGUAGAACACAUGAGUAGAAAAUGUUCGACACGUUUGACACUGAUCAUUCAUAUUUAUUUAUCUUAUUUUGUAUUGUUUUAUUUCUUAUAAACUUGUAUGUGCAAUGCAAUGUAAUAUUGAUGUUUAUUUGCAAAAUAGAUUCUUUGGUUGAGGAAGACAUCUUUUUUUAAUCCUUUGGAUGGUAUAUUUAAUAAAUUAUUUUAAAAAUAAAAUUUUAAUUUCUGUCAUUGAAAAUUUACAGAUAUACAGGAAGAGGAGUGAUGUUUUAAAUAACUUUUUGUUUUAAUAUAGAUACAAUUAAAUACUGUUUUAUUUUAUGUAUAGUUCAAAACAAACAAAAAAACUUGGAAUCGUGUCUUUUUCUUGGUAAAAGUUUUUUUUAUUGAGAAAUUUCAUUUUUAUAUAAAUGUAGAUACACUAUUAUAUUUUAUUUUGAAAUACUUUAUGCAACAUGUCUUUUGUAUUAAUCAUUAUUCACUGUGAAAAACAUAAAUAUUUGGAGUUUCAUUUUUAAAAAGAAUUAUAGAAAUAUCAUUACUAAGCCACUUUGUUUUUAUAUUUGUAAGAAUGUGGAAAUGAUGCAGUUGGAUUAAUUUUCAGUAUAGCAAAAGCUAUAUGUGCGACUAGAACAAGUAUGAAAUUUUUUAUUCAGAGAUCUCACAAUGUAAAUUUAAAUGCUGCAUAUAAUUUUAUUCAUAUCAGUUUCAUUGUAUAUACCAUUUUCAUACAAAUUCCUUGUAGAUUUUAUUCUUUACUAGUUUUUAGUCUUCUGUAAUCACAUUCGUAUAAUAUUCAAUGUCUGUGAGGUAUUGAAGUGUGUUUUGUUCUGUAUGUCUUUUAAGGUAAACAGCAGUAGUAUGAUAAAUAACCACCAUUAAGAAAGUGUUCACAUUAGUGCAGAUUGAAGUACUCGCUCAUGUUAAAGCAUGAGAAGGCACUAGCUUGAUCCGAAUUCAAACGAGCUACUUGCAAAUUGCAUAUUUUCUGUAUCUGUCUCUUAUUCUUCCUUUAUGAUUUAUUUCAUGUAUUUUUGUUUGAAUGCUUCAAUGUAGUGUACCAAGAAUAUAUGUGGAAAAAUGUUCAGGGCAAUAAAAAUAUGUACCUCAUA